AUGAGCGAUGAGGACGUGCAGGGGACUCAGCCGCCAUCGGAAACGCAGUUGGAGUCUGGGCUGGUGCCGAUGCGGAGUGAAGAGGCUCCGUGGCAGAAGACGGAUAGCAGCGGGAAAUCUGCAGAAGCGACAGAAGAAGACUGCAGGCCAGAAGCAAUAGAGAUUAUUCCGCACUGGUGGCGCGAAAUUAGUGCGAAGGAAUCUUGCAACCAAGGAGGAGCCUUGUGUUACGUGGGUGCAAAAGCGGUACUUCGCGUUGAGCUUGCAGGAAGUUCAUGCGAGGCACUUUUAGACACAGGCGCUUCGAGAAGUUUCAUUAAGUCUAAAACAGUCGAACGAUUGCAGCUGAGGGUGCGGAGACUUCCAAAAGAGCAUAGGUUCACUGUUGCUACAGGUGAACAAUUACGCAUUGACCGAGUUGUGACGGGGUUGACGAUGUGGUCUGGAUACGUACGCUUUUCCGGGGACUUCUUUGUGGUACCCGUUCCCUAUGAUUUAGUCGUGGGUUUGGGUUGGCUGACUGAACAUAAGGUGGCCUGGUUUUUUCAGUCCGACAAGCUCCAGACCUAUGUGAAUGGCCAGUGGUGCGAGUUACCGGUCGUUAGGACGGGUGAAGAGACAUUACAGGAUGGCAGCCACAUAGUAGCACCUCCAAGAAGUCUUGCAGAGCAAGCGUACGACAUUUUGGCUAAGCAAGUGUCGGGCAUGUCAGCGGAGGACGCUGCCAUAUUCCUACAGCCGCCACCUAAAAGGUAUAAAUCCCAUGCGAAGACUAAGGCGAAGGCACGGAUAACGUCGCUUAUUCGCCAGGCGGCGGCCGACGCAAAGAAACUCAGAGCACGAUUGCACGGUUUACAUUUUAUCCUGGCUUUGCCCGACGCUGGAUCGUCAGUGGCACUGAGGUUCACGGACAAGUGGCAAGGCGCACUUUGUUGCGUGUUGAUCGGGAAUCGACCCAAAGCCUCCUGUUGUAGCCAUCCUCUGGCUUCAACUGCCUUGAAAACAGCGGAGGAUGAAGGAGAGUCUCCAUGGCCUACGGCGAAACUCGAUUACACACUCUUCGAUGAGUGGAUAAACUCGACAGAGGCACAAGCUAUUCCAUUCGAGAUUACCAAGGUGUUGAAAGAGUACCGGGCGGUCUUCCCCGAUAACUUACCUGAAGGAUUACCACCGAAGCGCCCUCAUGGUCACCAUAUCCUACUUGUACCUGGAAAGCUUCCAGCGAAAUCUGCGAUUUACCGAAUGUGUAGUGCGCAGCGCCUACUGCUGUGA